AAACAACCUGAAACGCAGUGAGAAGAACGAUUCUGCUGUCGAUGGAGACACGUCCUCGCAGAUGACACUUGACAACAAAUCCUCCUGUUUGUCCUCCACGCUCCAGUUGGAUGUGAGCCCAGUAAUUACUUCUUAAAUCACUUUAAUAGAUAUGGUGUGCCAGGGGCUCCUCUAGCAGCUAUGUGAUUUCAAAAGGGGAAAAGGAUCACAGAUGUGUGCCACCAUGCCCUGUGUAAGGGUCGAUGGGGAAUAGAGCCCGGGCUUUGUGCGUGCCAAGCAAGUGCUUACCUGCCCCUCACUGAGCUACUCUGCAAAGGUCAAAGGACAUCCAAUACAAAUGCUAAAACUUGUUAGAGGAUUGGUAUCUCUAAAGCUGGAAGUGAAGCGGGCUCCGAGCAGGGCAGGGAGCCCUCAGACAAAGCCAGCGAGGAAAAUGAAGCUCCCAAUCUUCAUAGCAGAUGCGUUCACUGCGACAGCUUUCCGGGGCAAUCCUGCCGCAGUCUGCCUCCUGGAGCGCACAUUGGAGGAAGACGCCCAUCAGCAAAUUGCGAGGGAGAUGAACCUCUCAGAAACGGCUUUCAUCAGGAAACUGCAGCCGACUGACAGCUUCACACAAAGCUCUCGCUUUGGACUGAGAUGGUUUACGCCAGUGAGUGAAGUCCCCUUGUGCGGCCACGCCACACUGGCCUCUGCGGCUGUGCUGUUUCACAAAAUACAGAACAGGAACAGCACCCUGACCUUUGUCACAAUGAGCGGGGAGCUAAAGGCCAGAAGAGCAGAAGAUGGGAUAGUCCUGGACUUUCCUGUCUACCCAACCUUUCCCCAGGACUUCCAUGAAGUUGAAGACUUGAUAAAGGCAGCCAUAGGUGACACCCUGGUCCAGGACAUCCGGUACUCUACAGAUACCAGAAAACUCCUGGUCCGGCUCAGCGAUUCUUAUGACAGGUCCUUUCUAGAGAGCCUGAAGGUGAACACAGAGCCUCUGCCUGCAAUUGAGAAGACAGGGAAGGUGAGAGGCCUCAUCCUCACUGUCAAAGGAGAGCCUGGGGGGCAGACGGCCCCGUAUGACUUCUACUCCAGAUACUUCGCGCCGUGGGUUGGUAUUGCUGAAGACCCGGUGACAGGAUCUGCACACACCGUUCUCAGCAGUUACUGGUCCCAGCAGCUCAGGAAGAAAGAGAUGCGAGCCUUUCAGUGUUCCCGCCGAGGAGGGGAGCUGGACAUUUCCCUGCGACCUGAUGGGCGCGUUGACAUAAAGGGCGGAGCUGUUAUUGUCUUGGAGGGCACGCUGACCGCCUAGAGAUGCUCCUGCUGGGCUUGGGGCCACUGUUCCACAAGUGUCUUCUCUAGAGCCCAGAACCCGACCCAACCCAACUCAACAGCAGAUGCACAGAGCUUGGUUCAGUCGUCGUGUGAACCCAAAAGGGAAGACACCUGAUGGAGGUGCGGUAGUGUCUCCAGAAUCCUUUCCCGAUGGUGGGCUCUGAACUCUGCCUGUGUGUGCAUCUUCAGUCCCCACAGCAGAUAGGGAUGCUGCCCCUUCUUUUGAUCAUGACUGCCAAUCAAAGUGAGAGGUGCACUGAUAAGGAGCCAGAGAAUGCCAUUUCAAUUGAGGUAUGGGUACCUUAGGGCAUUUCACAGCCCUUUAGAAGAAUAAAUAGGUGUGUAGAAUGUUGUGUUGCCAAAAAACAUUUUCUCUCCGCCCCCUAAGGUUCCAAAGACCAACCAAGGCACACCACCACCAAAGCUCCCCUAGGGCACCAAUGAGUUAUCAGACUUCUUUACAGAGCAGAGGUGAAGGUUUCCUUACAGCGGUGUGGGUUCCAUCCCCUAAAAUGUGGCACCAGAAGGGCUUUUACAUAGCAUCAAUGGUGACCUUCCUAUAGUGGCACAGAUGGAGCCCAGCUCCCCUAAUCUCUGCUGGCCUGUGUCCUCCAGCCUCUUUGAGGCCAUGUGCAAUUAGGGCAAUGUUGCAUACAUAGGAGGUAGUGAGUGGCUGGGUUCUCAGAGGAGGCCCCGUGAUCUCCCCAUCCCUCUAUGAGGAGAUGUAAACAGUCGCCAGACCCAGCUGGCAUGAUCUUUGGCAAGUGCGCACAGCUGAACUCCUGAAGAUGGAAGUUGCUUGGCUCAGGGUAUGGUCCUGAGCAACAUGCAAAAGUCCAUCUCCUGAUGUAAUAAUACUAGGAAAGAUGAGGGGGCUGGUGAGAUGGCUCAGUGGGUAAGAGCACCCGACUGCUCUUCCGAAGGUCCGAAGUUCAAAUCCCAGCAACCACAUGGUGGCUCACAACCAUCUGUAACAUGAUCUGACUCCCUCUUCUGGAGUGUCUGAAGACAGCUACAGUGUACUUACAUAUAAUAAAUAAAUAAAUCUUUAAAAAAAAAAAUACUAGGAAAGAUGAGUAGACUGAAAACUGUUGGAGGCUGUGCUGCAGGGCUGGGGUACGUAGGACCGUAUGGGCUGUGAGGUCAGCAAAAUGAAACAGUUCAUGCUGGGGGACAACGUAGAGUAAUUUCAAUGAGCUAAAAAAAAAAGAGUUGGGGGCUUGCUGAGUGGCUGAAACGCUUGCUGCCAAGGCUGACACCCUGAGUUCGAAUCCUGGGACCCAUAUGGUAGAAGCAGAGAUCCAACUCCUACAUGCUGUCCUCUGACCUACGUACACAUAGGUGCUAUAGCAUGCACACAUCCACACCUAUACAUGCAUACCCCAAACAAAUAAAUGUAAUAAAAAUAAUUUUCUUUUUUUUUUCACUUUAUAUGUUGGAUGUCAUCUGUUGUAAUUAUUAAAAAACAAUCUACUCUGUC